GAACUCGCCCAUUGCUAGACAGAAGCCGUGCGAUUUCGUUCUAAACAGAAGUUUUCACUCUAUAACCCCGGUGUAUUGUUUUAAUAGUUCACCUUAACAGCUAAUUUUAUAUUCUUGUUGAAAUCACUUUCAAUCCGGUGCUCCUUUAUCUGUACGAAAGGCAGCAUUCGUAAACAGCGGCAUGGAUUCUGAUUUAUACGACGAAUUCGGCAAUUACAUCGGACCGGAUCUGGAAAGUGAUGAAGACGAUGACCAGAGUCUUUACGGACAGGCUGACCAGCAGGACGAUUUAGAGUUGGAGGACGGUUUGGAAGAGGAAGCGGAACACAGUGAAGAUCCGGUCAGUUCUCGAGCUGUGGUUUUACACGAAGACAAACGCUACUAUCCGUCAGCUUUAGAAGUGUACGGAGAGGAAGUCGAAACUAUUGUGCAGGAGGAAGAUGCUCAACCUCUGGAUAAACCCAUAAUUGAACCGGUGAAGAAGGUGAAGUUCCAGAUAAAGGAACAGGAACUACCGGACACUACGUACAACAUGGAGUUUUUGGCUGAUUUGAUGGACACACCAACUUUGAUAAGGAAUGUGGCGCUGGUUGGCCACCUUCAUCAUGGAAAGACAACUUUUGUGGACUGCUUAGUACGUCAGACUCAUCCCCAGUUCCAAGAUAUGGAGGAGCGUAAUUUGCGUUAUACGGAUACUCUAUUCACUGAGCAGGAACGAGGUGUUAGCAUCAAGGCGACUCCGAUUACGCUGGUACUUCCGGAUGUUAAGAGUAAAAGUUUUCUGAUUAACGUAUUUGACACACCCGGUCAUGUGAACUUUUCCGAUGAGGUAACGGCCGCAAUGCGGCUGUGCGAUGGUGUUGUCCUCUUCGUGGAUGCAGCCGAGGGCGUUUCGUUGAAUACCGAGCGUUUGCUGAAACACGCCAUUCAGGAAAAACUAGCCGUAACGGUAUGCAUAAACAAAAUCGACCGGUUGAUGCUGGAGCUGAAGCUACCGCCCCAGGAUGCCUACUUUAAGCUGAAACAUAUUGUGGAGGAAAUAAAUGGUCUACUCACCCUGUACGGGGAUUCGAGCAUCAAGCAGGUUUCGCCGAUUCUCGGAAAUGUGUGCUUUGCCAGCUCGCUGUAUGGUUUUUGUUUCACGCUGAAGUCGUUUGCGUCACUGUACGCCGAUACGUAUGAUGGAGUCAAUCCGGCAGAUUUCGCCCGUCGCCUUUGGGGUGAUAUGUAUUUCCACAACAAGUCGCGCAAGUUUACAAAAAAGCCUCCGCACAGUUCGGCUCAGCGGAGCUUUGUUGAAUUUAUUUUGGAGCCACUAUACAAACUAUUCGCCCAGGUCGUUGGUGAUGUUGACACAACGCUGACAGAUACACUGGCCGAGUUGAACAUCCGUAUCACGAAGGAAGAGAUGAAGUGCAACAUUCGACCGUUGCUACGUUUGAUCUGCAGCCGUUUCAUCGGAGAUUUCAGCGGGUUUGUCGACAUGUGCGUGGAACACGUUCAAUCGCCACUGGACAAUGCACAAACCAAAAUUGAUCACAUUUAUACGGGGGUAAAGGAAAGUGGCAUCUAUCAGGAUAUGUUGAAUUGUGACCAAAAUGCACAGCUGAUGGUUCACAGUUCGAAAAUGUACCCGACAGAAGAUUGCACGUUUUUCCAGGUUCUGGCUAGGGUUAUGAGCGGAACUUUGCAUGCUGGUCAGGAGGUGCGAGUUUUGGGAGAAAAUUAUUCACUAGUUGACGAGGAGGACUCCCGAACGCUUCAAGUUGGCCGACUGUGGAUCUAUGAAGCACGCUAUAAAGUCGAGCUGAACCGAGUUCCGGCUGGGAACUGGGUGCUUAUCGAGGGCAUCGACCAGUGCAUUGUCAAAACGUCUACCAUAACGGAGGUGCAGAUGAAUGAAGACGUUUUCAUCUUUAGACCGUUGAAGUUUAACACUCAAAGUAUUAUCAAAAUUGCUGUUGAACCGGUAAAUCCAUCUGAGUUGCCGAAAAUGCUGGAUGGAUUACGAAAGGUGAAUAAAUCCUACCCAUUACUUUCGACACGGGUAGAGGAAUCUGGGGAACACGUCAUUUUGGGUACGGGAGAACUCUAUCUUGAUUGCGUCAUGCACGAUCUGCGAAAAAUGUACUCGGAAAUUGACAUCAAAGUGGCCGAUCCAGUGGUGGCGUUCUGUGAGAGCGUCGUUGAAACCAGUUCACUGAAAUGUUUCGCUGAAACGCCCAAUAAGAAAAAUAAAAUUACCAUGAUAGCCGAACCGUUAGAAAAAGGUUUGGCCGAGGACAUUGAAAACGAAACGGUUUCCAUCGGUUGGAACAAGAAAAAGUUGGGUGAAUUCUUCCAAAUCAACUACGACUGGGAUUUGCUAGCUGCCCGUUCUAUUUGGGCCUUCGGUCCAGACAAUACCGGACCGAACAUCCUAGUGGACGAUACGCUUCCGUUUGAGGUGGACAAAACUUUGCUUGGUGCGGUGAAAGACUCCAUUGUACAGGGCUUUCAAUGGGGAACUCGGGAAGGUCCCCUGUGUGAGGAGCCCAUUCGUAAUGUAAAAUUUAAAAUCCUGGACGCUGUUAUUGCGCAGGAACCUUUACACCGCGGAGGUGGACAAAUUAUUCCGACCGCUCGACGGGUUGCUUAUUCCGCCUUUCUCAUGGCGACACCGCGUUUGAUGGAGCCGUAUCUAUUUGUGGAAGUGCAAGCCCCUGCGGAUUGUGUUUCCUCGGUGUAUACUGUACUGGCAAGACGUCGAGGCCAUGUAACUCAAGAUGCUCCCGUUCCGGGCUCACCUUUGUACACCAUUAAGGCAUUUAUUCCGGCUAUCGAUUCGUUUGGGUUUGAAACGGAUCUUCGAACUCAUACCCAAGGGCAAGCGUUCUGCCUUUCCGUGUUUCAUCACUGGCAGAUCGUACCGGGAGAUCCGCUGGAUAAGAGUAUUAUAAUUCGACCGCUGGAACCGCAACCCGCCACACAUUUAGCACGUGAGUUUAUGAUUAAAACAAGACGACGAAAGGGAUUAUCGGAGGACGUCUCGAUCAACAAGUUCUUCGACGAUCCUAUGUUGCUCGAGCUGGCCAGACAAGACGUGUUGCUGAACUAUCCUAUCUAAAGGGGAUGACGCGACUUCUUUACAUUGUGAAAUCGGAAAUAAAACAAGUUGCUUGUUUUGGAAUGCA